UUUGUAUAUAUAUGUAGGUCGUGGCAUGUGGAGGUCCAUGGGAUUAAAAUAUUAUAAAUUAAAAUAACCAGUACCACUUUCAGUAUUUUUUAUUCUUAGAAUCACAUAGGGGAACGUGACCAUUUGAGGCUAGGGCCUUUGAGAUUACCGCUGAUCUCAUCAGAUCAUCAGGUAUGGUAUCAAGUACCAGGGAACUAGGACCAUCGCGCAGUCUCGAUUGUAUCAAUAGCCAGACACAACGUCGGCACGAUCUAAGAGCAUAUUUGAAUUUUAAAAUUCGAAUAGAAUGGUUUCGUUUUUAAACUGUAACAGUCAAUUGUUUUGAAGACGUUAACUCGUUACUGUGAUAUUAAAGUGAUUAAGUGUAAUUUAAUUUGAAGUUACUUCGCUUCGUGUUCGUAAUUAUUUAUCUCUUCAUUUGUUAAGAUGACUAAACUCCCGUGUGUGCUGCUGGCGUGCAUGUCGCUGCUGACGGUCAAUGCGAAACCGAGCCAAAACAUCAUCGCAGAUACCACAACACUUCAAGAUAUCAAACAUGUUGCGUCAUUAGCAUCAGCUGACGACCUUAGAGCGGACACAGAUCAGAGUCCAAGACAAAAGCGAGGUUUUAACUUUUACGACUUCCCGCCAAUCCCUAAUCAAGCGAGGGAUUCUUUCGAGCAGCAAGAAGAUACAGUUCUAGAAAUUUACAGAAAACUGAAGGACAUCUCUAGCAUUGUCAGAAAUCCAACUGUACAGGCUCCACCACAGUUCAUCCCGGUCUACAUUCCAGUUCUAUUCGUCCCUGUACCUUGCAGUUGUGGCGGUCAAAACGGGCAAAACGGCGGAGCAAAUGGCACCACACAAUCAGGCACAGAAAAUGUCACCACACAAUCAGGCAAAGACAAUGUCACCACACAAUCACCGCCAAGGAAUGACACCACCCCGAUGUUCAGUAUCACAGAUAACGAGGACGAUGAUGAUACUAUAAUGAGGCCGAUAUCCUUCAAGCCUAUUCAGCCGGAUGAGCCCUCGAACAGACCAGCACCACCGGUAGAACGAGGAAAUGCUCUAGGGGGAGCAAAAUAAUACAAUAAAAUCAACAAAACAAAAAAAGACCAUAAAAACAGACAAUAAAAUCACAUCGGUGUCCAAAGCAGAUGCUGUCAAAAAGGCUAAGCAUGUGCGACAUGACGUUCUCCAGACUCAAUAAGUAUUCCAUGAGGGGUACCGAAUAACGCUGAUGGUAAAGUGAAUCCUGGGCAUACCCAGACAGUGUGCAGGGCCCCAGCUGUUUUCACCGAAACAUUAUAACCUCCAAGUGCUUUACCGCACUAGGCGGCGAUCUCACAAAACCUAGUGACUU